CUCUCCGCAUAGCGCUGCUGUUAUUGCUGCAGCUGGUUUCAGGAAGCGGAAGCUGGAAUGUUGGAGUGUUUUUUAGAAAAGUUUGGACACUUUUUGACAGUUUGAGCCCAGACUCGAUUGAACUGCGGAGGAACGUGACGCAAUGCCACCUGCUGCAGAUUUUCCUGCAGAGCCAUCGGUCUUCUGACUGAAUGACAAAAACCACAAGGCCCAAAAUGGACGUUGGAGUUCUUGAAAGACAGAUCAGUGCUGUUCCAGAUCCCUCUGUUGGGCCUGUCACCAUUGCCAAUGAGCGGCGUCAAGCCUGGGCCAGAAGCAGGGACUCCAUUGGGCAAGGAUCAAAAGCAGACCGCUGUGAGCCUCAGCAGCCCCAGCAGAUCCAAAGCAAUGGGAAAACACAGAGCCAAGAACCAGGACAAGUUCCUAGCAAGAUUGCGACCUGGCUGAUUGAUUGCAGAACUCCAAACGGAGCAUCACUGGAAGAACAAAGUACUCCUCCCAGCAAAGGAGUGAGAAACGGCUGCAGCUUUGAAGAUGACCUUUCAUUGGGAGCUGAAGCCAAUCACCUUCAGUCAGAGAAUAAUAAAACUAAGCCCUGCUUUGUGGCGGAUCAGAAAAGGACUCGUUAUAAAGAGAUGGGGAGAAGUAUGAACUCCACCGGAUCAGGAAAGAGCAGCACUGUGUCCAGUGUUUCAGAGUUGCUGGACCUGUAUGAGGAGGACCCUGAGGAAAUUCUUUUAAAUCUGGGUUUUGGUCGAGAAGAACCCGACUUGUCCUCAAAGAUCCCCGCACGGUUCUUCAACAGCACCUCUUCGGCAAGAGGCAUUGACAUCAAGGUCUACCUGGGAGCUCAGCUGCAGCGCAUGGAACUGGAAAACCCAAACUACGCUCUAACCAGUCGUUUCCGUCAGAUUGAGGUCCUGACGACGGUAGCCAACGAGUUCUUCCAGCUCUACAGCCAGGUUUCUGGACAACCUGUCAACAGACUGGUUAGCAAGGAUCAAGGCGGAGAAGGAGAAAAAGGACAACAAGAAGGAAGUAGUGUUGAAGCGCAGUCUACUCCAAAGAGGACCAACCCUAGGAACAUGGCCAAACUCAUAAAGAGAAUUAGCAGACAAAAUCUGCUCGGGUCGGCCUCAGACUCCCCCGAGGGGCUCUCUCCAACCCAGCCCAACGGACACACUGCUUCCCCUGAUCUUCCACAUCUCAACGGUCACCCUCGUAGUGGUACGGACCACCAUAGAUCUACCGCCAACUCUGACCACCAGGGGGAGGUGGCCAACCAAAAGCACCUCCGCAGGAAAGAUAAUUUUCCCCUGGCUACGGUUACAGAGGAAACCAACGGAGGCGGGGAUGCUGAACGGCUAAUGGAGAGCAGUCCUGAACAGAGCAGCUCUGGAGCAGAGCACCUGCCAGGUUCACCUCAGCUUCACUUGACAUGUCAGAAAACGGAGAGCGAUCAGGUGGAUGGAAAGGAAACUAACCUCCCCUCCAGCCCUGAGAAAGCUCCCCCCAAGCUCACCCCGCCCCACCUCACUCAGCUUCGCACAGAGAACGCGGAUUCCUUUGACAUGGAGGAGAUUCACACUAAUGAAGACGAGGCCCUGCCUUCCAGAACAUCUAGAACCACUGACUUGUCGAGGACUGUUAGUCAACAGUCUGACAGCAGUGGUUUUGCUGAGGAGACUUCUGGGGACUCUAGCAGCUACCUCAAGGUGCAGGAGAGUUGUGACAGCUGUGACAGCGAGACCACUGUGACAUCACACCCCUCACAAGACGUGGCAACGCCUCAGCCGCUCGACCAACCUGCGUUUGAGCUUCCUGAUGGCCGGGAGCAAGAUGCACCUUCUGCUGCUCCUGCUAAGGCGGAACCAAGCGGUACCAAUGUGGAAGAAGAGAUGCAGGGAGAGCGUUUGGGGCAGGUUCCACUCUACUCAGUUCACCAGCUUCCAACAAUCAGACUUGCAGGUGAAGGGGAACAACUGGAUGGUAGGGACAGAACUGAUCGUGAAACAGAACCACAACCAGGAACAGAAAACAAUCAGAAUCAACCUCGUUCAGAAAAAGAACCGCAGCACGGCGAGCCGCAGUUGGACACAGAAGGAACCUCAGAGGGAGCUGAGGAAAAGGCUCUUGAGUCUGAAACUGUUCCAACGUCUCCGGUUCUUAGCGCACUGAAUCGAGCCAAGCUACAGCAGCUGAGGCAGUUGGGUCAGUACAGCAGCAUCCAGUGCGACAGCCCGCCCCAGUCUCCAGGAGGAAGACCAGGUAGACGUGAUGUAAUCCCCAUGCAGAGGUCCUCCUCCUUACCUUCCUCCCUCCUCUCACCCUCUAAGGUCGUGUCUUCAGUCAGGAUCCAGUUUGGUCAGGGUCAAGCAUUCUGUACCCCUCCCAGGUACACCUUUAAAUAUGGCCAGGAGGAGGCAGGGCGAAAGGAAGAUGAGGUGAUAGAGGAGAGAGAUGAGAGCGAACAAAGCACAUGCGUUUCCACUGUGAUCAUAAACCCUGGCUCUAAAGAUAAACCGCCAGCUGCCAUUCCUCCCAAACCCAUUCCUCGCUAUCUAAUGCAGUCUUCUUAUUCUUUGCAUAGCUCCAGUCCUCCCCCUGAUUCCCCACCAGCCUACGGCCAUUCCUGGAGCACCCAGAGUGUUCCUGAUCUAUCAACCAGUCAUCAGCAGCCUAGUCGUUACCACAACCAUCAAGGUUGCCAUCCUGGACCCAUGAUGUUCCCCAAACCCGGUGCUUUAUUGCCGGGCCCUGAAAAUAGCCCAUUCCCUAGUCCUGUUUCUUACCAUGCUGGUCCAUACCAGUACUUUAGUCCUCCUUACAUUUCUAACCAGCACAACCCUUCAAUCAGUCACUAUUCCAGUCUAACCAGUCUGCACCAGCCUGCAACACCCCCAAUCCCUCUACACGGCAGCCUCAACAACUUGAACCAUCCCCAUCCCUCCUCAGCUCCUCAGAACAUUGGUUUGGGUCACAUUCCACCUGGGACUCCACCGAUGGCUCCACAGGGAUAUAACCCUUCCUUCGGCCAUUCAUUGCCUUUCCCAACUGCUCCUCACAUGCACCAAUUCGGUUCCCCUUACUACGGUACACAAGGGAACAUCAUGAGCCCCGGUCUCCACCCUGGUCUCCCUCCUCCUGCGGCACAAGGACGAUGCCCAACCAGCACCGAGAUGCAGCUGAGGAAGGUUCUGCAUGAGAUCAGGGGAACGGUUCAGAGUCUCAGUCAGACCCGGAUCAAUUCCCCUGAUGUGUUCAGUGAGCUCAGAGCAGCUGCAAGCAGCCGACAGUCUGUGGCAGAGUUUCAACAGAAGAGGCGAAGUCUGAACAUGUUCCGUAACCAGAUGAUGGACCUGGAGCUGUCAAUCAUGCGGCAGCAGGCUGUCGUUUACAAGCACCUGAGUCCUGCUGACAGGAUAGAGGCGGAGCAGCUUCAGUGUCUGCGGUCUGCAGUCAGAGAGGAACUCCAGGAGCUGGAACAACAGCUGGAGGACAGACUAUUGGAUCUGACGCCUCACUCGCAUCUUGGAGGUCUCCAUAGAGACAACAGUGUUGAGAGCCUGUCCACCGCUUCUGCACUGAGAGCCAUGAAACCGGUAUCAGACCUCCUCAGAGAGCAGUUCUUCCUCCAAUCAGAAAUGGGUUACGAUGGCCGCGGUUACCAUGGCCGCGGCCCCUCCAGCGUCCCCUCCACCCGCUCACCCAGUCCUGUCAGGAGAGAGGAAGACUACAGCAAGCAGAGGCAAGGAGUGUAUCGUGCAUCUAUCAACAUAACCCCUGCCCCUCCCGGUCGACCCAACGUUCAGACGGAGCUGGUGGCAGAGGAGGAAGCUCAGAGAGACUGUGAAGAGGUAGAGGAAGAGAAAGGAAGAGAGGGAGACGAGGCACAAGAACGGGAAGGAGAUUUUGGAAAAUAUAGAGCCGAAAACUUUCAAAAGCUUAUUAGAGAGAUCCGUGAGAACUUGGCCCAGGAGGUCCGACGAGAGAUCUACAAUGAGCUGCUCGCUGCUGCUUCUCCACAGGGCUCACCCUUUUCUGCUCAGCAACACCCGGUGUAGCCCUCAUGCCUUAGUAACCACAGCUUGGACAAAAACCACUGCCUUGUCUUUAACACUGUACACCAGAGUAACACUGUGCAACACGUUGUGCCUGCAACACUGUAUGUUGGUAACACUGAUGAUCCAACUGUGACAAACCCCGCCGACGCCACCUGUGGUACCGCCUCCAGCAUUCCCGAGCUGCAGAGCAGAGGCUUCCACUUUUUGGAUUACCAGUGAAAAUUUGUUAUUUCUCAUUUCCUGUUUCUAUUUUGAUAUAUAUGUAAAAACAAAAGCUGUGGUCAACAACCCCUACCAUUGAUCUAGCACUACUGCCACUAAUACUACAAGUAUUCAAUCUUUAAUCACCACUACAAACAGCCUCUUGUACAAUAGUAGUUAAACAGUACUUCCUGUUUUCUUGCAGUUCCAUUAAGUUUAAUGAUAGUUCUUUUUUUAAAUGAGUAAAUCUUGUCAAACAAAUAAUAGAAUUGCUUUAAUUCAACUUUAAUAUUUUUGUACAUGUUCAACCUGUUUUUUGAGGCAUUAGCUGUUUUCAUAUUACAGUCAUCUUUGUGUUUUCUCACAAAGAAAAGAUUGUAUUUAAACUCCUGCUUAGCAGGAUUAUGAGGUAGAAGCAUAUUACAAAAAACUAAAUGCAAAGAGAAGCGUU